AUGGGCGCCGGAGGCCGUUCUUACAUGGUAGAGUCGCCUAAAAUCAGUGACAUCCAUGGGCUGGUCAACGAAGAGCGAUCCGAAGGAGUAGCAGUGCAGAUUGCACAGGGAACUUUUGACGAAGUGGAUUAUCGGGAUUAUGCCAACUAUCUUGGGGCUGAAGAUAUGUUGGAAACGUUACGCUCAUUUAUAGGAAUACUGAGGCCUUUACCGGAGUCAUUACUGGAAAGUUUACGUCGAUUAGUGAGUGAGAUAUAUUUUAUUGCAGAGGCACAAAACAUUGAUCGGAUACUGGAGGAGUUGAGCAGACAAUGGGUUGAAGAACAUCCGCAUUCGUUUUGGGGAUGCCACUAUAAGUUGUGCCAUAUUGUUUUUUUCUCACUGUUGAUUCUGAACUCCGACUUGUACAAUGAUAACAGCGUGGGUAAGUUCUCACGGUCGCAGUUUAUUGAGAAUACACUGUAUGCUUUGAAUAAAGAGGCAAAGGCCACAGGUUAUACACUGGAUGAAGUGGAAUUUUUGAUUGAGGAGCAACUCGGAGCUUAUUACGAUCAAUUGAAGAGUGCGGGGCUACCAUUAUGCACGAGAGAGGCAUCACGGCCCUCAUCCCGUAGCAAUUUACAACUACACAGACGGUCUUCAAGAUUCUCUAUGAGGAGUGCGACACUUAAUACCUUGGAGAUUACUGAAUCGAACAACGCUUCCCUCGGAUCCGGUUCUAGUUCAAAGGCCAUCCAGCGAGAAUCUAAUUUCACUUCGAAUUGGAAAUUUCACCACAACAAACCACUUCCGAGACUUUACUACGUUGAAGCAUUCGGCCAUCCAGGAAGCGGUCCUCUUUGGUCUAUCGAUGCUAUGAUUAGGCUCUGUGACGGUGAUCUCACGCGCAGCAAGCCAGAAGACGAAACUAGAAGAGACCCAAAGGCAUUGUUCAAAUGGUUCGCAAGAUCAAAACCCAAAUCGCUUUUUGAAGAUAUCAAGCUCCCAAUGGCAUUCCUCGACGGCCGUACGCGGUGGAUUAAGACUCGCGUACGAGUCUUCGAAGGUAGAAUCUACAUCUUCAGGCUCAAAUCCGCGAGCGGUCCACGAGCGGAAGCACAGCAGGACCUUGACUGCCUAAGGCGCAAUAGUUCGCAGUAUUUCGUUUACAAUUUAUUUGAAGCAGUUGCAACUGUGGUGCAAGAAAACGUCGUGCAAAGCCAUGGCCUCUUAACCAAAGACCACUGCUUACGAGGAAAUUUCACGUUAACAUUACCUUCUGGCCUACAAACGGGCACUACAGUCUUAGAAUUCCAGACUCAUACAGUCAGUGAAGCAUACGAUUUUGUACAGUGCAUCAAUUGUUGGGCUGCCAGAAUAACCUCUGUGCCAACGACUCAGCUCGAAAUUGUCUCCAACGAAGAGUACGGUUGGAGUCAGCAGCUUCUAACCUCAGGGAUUGAACCACAAAACCUCGACAAGCUCCGAUUAAGCCACUGGAAGCCGCUACUAUCGAUGGGAGCACUCUACGAUGAAUUAAAUGAUACAACCGACCAGCCGGACCUGGAAACGCGGCUCAGCGACCUGAAAAACUUCACUCAAAUUCUACAGCAAGAAAUUGACAACCACAACCGGAUCAAAUCAAGCAUGAUCGACCUCUGGGGCCAGUCAAAACAGUUUGACACAGCGCUGGAGAAUUGGAACAAAAAGUACCUUUACUUGAAUGAGAUCAGCGAGAAAAGCUCCAAGUAUUUACAGGCACUUCAGUUGGCUCACAAUACAUUUCAACAACAAUAG